GCUCUGGUUGUAACGGACAAAAGUUCUUUAGCUAAACUUAGCUUUUACUUUGAGAUUAUAAGUAAAAUAAACUUAACGCACAAUCCAGGAAUGUGAAAUGAGAUUUGUUUUACAUUUUAAAAAAUAUAUUCGGUUUUUGAGUUAUAAAAGCAAUUGAGGGACCUUAACAACAAUGGUGUACGUAAAGUUAUAUAAAUUAGAAUUUUUACCGGUGGUUGUACAAAUUCUUUCCAGUGUUUAUACCAGUUGGGCAAUUACAGUGGUUGGCCUGGUUGGUCAGGAAGUGAACCUUCCCUGUAAUAUAACCGCAGAUCUUCCAAACGACAAGCCAGCUUUAGUCCUGUGGUAUAAGGACAAAUCACCCACUCCAAUUUACACUCUGGAUGCCAGGAUAGGUCCUCUAUUGCAGGCACGACAUUCUUCUAAUGACAACUUGGUCACGAGAGCCUAUCUGACAACAGUUAAUAGGCCAGCUACAUUGAUGCUUAACCAGGUGAAAAAAGAAGACGAGGGUUCUUAUCGUUGUAGAGUGGAUUUCAACAGAGCUAGAACCCGCUACACGGAUAGUAUUCUAAAGGUUAUUGCCCCUCCGACUAAGCUUGUGAUAAAAGACAACAACGGACGAAUUUUGAAGAGCUUGAUUGGUCCGUACGAUGAAGGAGAAUCUUUGUUUCUAAAAUGUGAAGUAGAAGGAGGCAGUCCAAUGCCUGCAGUGACAUGGUGGAGAGAAUCAGUGGUGCUAGAUAAUAACUACAGUCUGGAAGAUGAAGGGCUCACUGUCAAUGAGUUGAAAAUUUCGUCACUAAGUAGACAUGAUCUGAUGGCUGCAUUUACUUGCUGUGCCUCUAAUAACAAAGUUUCAUCUCCACUUUCAUCAACAGUAACACUGGAUAUGAAUUUUAGACCUUUGCUACUGGAAAUGGAGGGAGGUCGACAGCCCUUGUCAGCAGGAACACCGACUAAGUUGAACUGUCAUAGCGCUGGUUCUCGACCACCGGUAACUAUUACAUGGUGGAAAGAACAUUUGGAGCUUAAGACAGCCAGAACUACAGUAACCAAUCAUGGCAAUUCAACCAUUAGUACUCUAAUAUUCACACCUACUGUUGAAGAUGACAACAAAAUUUUAUCUUGCGUUGCAAAAAAUGUACUUAUGCCAGGAACAAUCCUGCGGGAAGAUCGAAAACUGAAGGUUCAUUAUGCUCCAUUAGUUAGUCUGCGGUAUUCUGGUAAGUCCAAAAAAUCGCAAUCAAUUACAGAAGAUACUGAUGUUUAUUUUGAAUGUCUCGUUCAAUCGAAUCCUCGGCCAACAGGAAUUUCUUGGAUGUUUGAAGGAGGGGAGCUCCAUCCCAACAGCUCAGCAGGAAUUCUAAUUAACAAUCAUACAUUAACUUUGAAAGACAUCAGCCGUUCUAGAAGGGGGCGCUAUAGCUGCACAGCAACCAAUAGUGAAGGAAAAGGGGAAAGUGGCAUCUUUUUUCUUCGAGUACAAUAUCCUCCUAUAUGUAUAUCAACACACAUAAAGUCUUUUGGAGUAGCAGUCCAUGAGCCUCUUCAUGUCGUCUGUCAAGUGGACGCAGAACCCCCUGAUGUUUCCUUCCGCUGGAGUUUUAACAAUACUUACGAAACUUUAGAUAUAGUGGACUUUGAAAGUCAUUUAACCCGAAGCAGAGCAACUUUUACUCCUCGAAACGAACAAGAUUACGGUACACUGCUUUGCUGGGCCAGCAAUGAAAUCGGCUCACAGAAAUUUCCUUGUGUGUUCAACAUCACACCAGUAGGGCCACCAGACAAGCCACGUGACUGUCGAGUACAAAACGUAACAAUGAAUUCUAUCCAAAUUGCCUGUGAAGAAGGUUAUCACGGAGGACUGAAACAACACUUUGUCUUGGAAGUUCUUGAUAAAAAUUUGGAAACAAUAGAAGCAAAUUUAACUUCAGAUGUACCAGUGUUUCUUCUAAGCGAUCUGUCAUAUAAAGCUUCCUUCGAAGUAAUAGUUUAUGCAGUGAAUUCUGAAGGUAAAAGUGAAAACUGGAUCAUGACAAUAAAUACUCUAUCUAAUCUUGUUGGAAACGACGAAAAUCAGUGGAAUUUCCCAUUUGGGCCUCUCUUUGUCAUCAUUGGAACAAGUUUUGUUGCCUUGAUAGCUGUUCUUCUUGUUAUAAUCAUUGUUAUUCACAUACGACUCCGAACUCACUCUUCCAGGAAAGCAAGAAAUCGUCAUAGAGAAAUUACCAGAGGCAGUGACGAAAGACUCUCGUUGAAAAACGUUACUGGAGAAAUUAAGACAAUGUCACCCUUAGAAGAAGAAAGAUGCCCGGAUGUUAUACCAGUUAAUGAAAUCGCUCUGGAUUGUGUAGACAAAGGUAGUGACGAAAGUGUAUUCCUCAUUACCCAUUCUUCAUCAAAAUCCAAUAUGUCCAAAAUUCCUGACGAAAGUUCUGAAUCAGAAGGAAGGUAUACGUGUUCAAACACAGAUUGCAGUACUUCAAAGAGAGUCUCACCACCCAACUCGGAAAAUAAGCUCUACACUAUGCGCUCUAGGGUUAUGCCAGGUUCAUCCACAACAGUGUUACGGAGAGUCGUUACUCAAAAGGACGACACGGUUGUGUCUAGAGGAGAAACAACAAAAGUUUAGAGUCGUAGCUCUUUAUUAUCUGGCUGACUUUCUCAAUUCAUCUUUUCGGGCCCCAUUUACUUAUUUUUUCUCGUCUGUAACCAAGAGUGGCAUCUUGAAUAAAUUACUUAGUUGUAUAUCGAUUCA